AGAGGUCCUGUGGGACUAGAGGAAGCUGCGGGAAAAGGACCGGAAGAGGGGCCGUCUUCCUGGGGUCCUAGAAUCACUAUCUGGCUUCUGCAUCCACUCGGUAGUUCGCGACCCGACGCCGUUGUGGCUUCUCGCCUUCCACCCUUCUCUCCUGGCCGUGGGCUCCUCCCGCCGCCAUGGCGUCUACCAACCUCCAGAAAGCAAUAGACCUUGCUAGCAAAGCAGCACAAGAAGAUAAAGCAGGGAACUAUGAAGAAGCUCUCCAUCUAUAUCAAAAUGCUGUACAGUAUUUUAUCCAUGUAGUUAAAUAUGAAGCACAAGGUGACAAAGCAAAACAAAGUAUCAGGGCAAAGUGUGCAGAAUAUCUUGAUAGAGCUGAGAAGCUAAAAGAAUACCUGAAAAAGAAAGAAAAAGCCCCUCAGAAACCAGUGAAAGAAGGACAGUCCAGCCCAGCUGAUGAGAAGGGGAAUGACAGUGAUGGGGAUGGAGAAUCAGAUGAUCCAGAAAAAAAGAAACUUCAGAAUCAACUUCAAGGUGCCAUUGUUAUAGAACGACCAAAUGUAAAAUGGAGUGAUGUUGCUGGUCUUGAAGGAGCCAAAGAAGCUCUUAAAGAAGCUGUGAUAUUGCCCAUUAAGUUUCCACAUCUCUUUACAGGUAAAAGAACCCCAUGGAGGGGCAUUCUUCUGUUUGGGCCACCUGGAACAGGGAAAUCCUAUUUGGCCAAAGCAGUUGCUACAGAAGCCAACAACUCGACAUUUUUUUCAAUAUCUUCCUCUGACCUUGUUUCCAAGUGGCUAGGUGAAAGUGAAAAACUAGUCAAGAAUUUAUUUCAGCUUGCCAGGGAGAACAAACCUUCUAUUAUCUUCAUUGAUGAAAUUGAUUCUCUAUGUGGCUCUAGAAGUGAAAAUGAAAGUGAAGCUGCUCGGAGAAUUAAGACAGAGUUCCUGGUUCAAAUGCAAGGAGUUGGUGUGGACAAUGAUGGAAUUUUGGUACUGGGAGCUACAAAUAUACCCUGGGUUUUAGAUUCUGCCAUCAGACGAAGAUUUGAAAAACGUAUUUAUAUUCCUUUGCCUGAAGAUCAUGCCAGGACAGCAAUGUUUAAGUUACAUUUGGGAACCACACACAACAGCCUAUCAGAAGCAGACUUUCGAGAACUGGGAAAGAAGACAGAUGGCUAUUCAGGGGCUGACAUCAGUAUCAUUGUACGAGAUGCACUGAUGCAGCCUGUGAGGAAAGUGCAGUCAGCUACUCAUUUCAAAAGAGUUAGAGGUCCUUCACCCACUAAUCCCAAUAUAAUAGUAGAAGAUUUGCUUACUCCAUGCUCUCCGGGUGAUCCUGGUGCCAUUGAAAUGACAUGGAUGGAUGUCUCUGGGGAUAAACUUUUGGAGCCAGCUGUUUCCAUGCCUGAUAUGUUACGGUCAUUAGCCAGCACAAAACCAACUGUUAAUGAACAUGACCUCUUAAAAUUAAAGAAGUUUACAGAAGAUUUUGGUCAAGAAGGCUAAACCAAAGACAACUAGUAAACAAUUGGCCAUAAUUUUUCCUUUUUAGGCACUCUUGCCUCUUUGGGAUGGCAUUCAAAUAUUUGCAGAUUUUCCAAAAAUGUUUCUUUUUCUUCUCCACAGGAGAAUGAAGAUCUCUUGAACGUUCCUUUAGCUUUAUGUUAUUUUUCUUACAAUUUCUAGAAUCUCCUAUUUAAUAAGAAAAAAAUGGUAAGAUAUGGUGAGUGACAAGUCAAAUGGUAAAUAUUAGAACUCUCACAUGAAAAGCAAUGAUGUCAACAGACUGUUGUUGGUUUGUUUUUUAAAUGUACCUGGCAUAAAAUAUUGUCACAUAAACUUGAAGUAAAGUAAACCCAUGUUAUGUGCUUUGGAGAAGAAAUCAUCUUAAAUAUCAUUUUUCUUGUAUGAAUUAAUUGAUUAUCCCACAAAUGUUAUUUUUAUUUCCUUUUUUAAUUAAAAUUUUGAUGGAAAGAGAGAUUACUGUAAAAAGCAAGGAACACUGUGAUCAGGCCUAGAAGAUUUUUAAUUAUGUGGUGACCAGUACUAAUUGAACACUGAUGGAUUUUGUACUGGUGUUUUUUCACUGUAUGUAUUUAAAUAUUGCCUUAAAAAAGCAGUAAGCUUUUGUUUUUAACUUUACUAGUUCAAAAGAACCUUUCACUGUGCAAUCUUGGAAAACAUAUUAGACUUGACAUCAUCUUUAUCCUGAAGAAGAAACUUCUUUAUCCCAAGAUCCUUUUAAUAGCAAGAUUUGACCAAAACAGAAUUAAAAUAUAUUUGUAAUUUUUGGAAUACCAUGUCAUAAAACACUAAUGCGAAGCUUGAAAGUUGAGUGGUCAGCCUUUCAUUUGUGAGUGAUAACAUCCAUAAAUAAACAUACACAACAUAUAUACAUAUGUAUUGUGUGUAUGUGUGUAGAAUUUUUUUCCCAUUGAUAUUAGAGCAGUAGAGCUCUGCUCUAUUAGGCUUGUUAAUAAUUUGCCCUAGCCAUACUCUCAUUUUAUAAAUAUCAGUGUGAUAUUUUAUCAAAAUUUUGGAAGUGAGCUGAUGUUAUAAAAUUAUUAAAUAUUAAGGUAGCAGUUGUUUAUUUCUAAUAACUAUCUAAGUCUGGAUUUUAAAGACUAUAAGAUACAACACUACCAUCAGCAUUGAGUGUGCCUUGUAAGUUUCUUUGGCUGUAAUUUUUUUUCUUAAAUCAUUGAAUUAUCUAGGAUGCAGUACAUUCCAUAAUUAUUAUAAGAUUCUACCUUAGAAAUGCUUUAGAACACCUUAAAAUAUUUGCACAUUUCAAAUAUUAUGCAUUAUGGUUGUUUCUGGCUUUUUCUUUUAUGUACAGAUUUUUGUGUAUUUUUUAGAAAUCAUAGGUUUGAUGAAAAAUGCUAUUUGAAGUAAAAUGAUGAUACCCCAUCAACUGUAUUCUUAGUUUCUUUUGGAGCUUCCAAGAAAACGAACCCAAAUCCUUUGCUUAAGGAAAUCUGUAAAAUAGUGCAUUAAAACAAUAUACAUGUAAAUGUU